AUGCUUCCGCAGAAAGCGCCCAAAAAUGCGUCUGCCGCCGCCGCAGAUCUGGUCGAAGGCCGCGACUAUAUCAGCAACCUCCCGGACGGCGUGCUGCAGCACAUUCUCUCCUUCCUGCCGGCGCAGGACGUCGUGCGGACAUGUCUGCUCGCCAAGCGCUGGCGCCACAUGUGGGAGUCCACCACCGUCCUGCGCUUCGUGUGCGGCGGAUUGAAGGAACCAGGGUCCGUGGAGGAGAUUAAGGAGUUCGUGGACCAUCUGCUGCGCCUGCGCAUCCGCGGAGGCACGCCGCUCGACACCUGCGAUUUCCGUUUCCAUCUCGACGAGAAUAAAGAUUUCGACAUGAGCCGAAUCGUGCUUUGGAUCCGUAUAGCUCUACAGUGCAAAGUCCGGGUGCUCCAGUUCAUCUUUGUGGGCGAUAAUUAUCAGGACAUUCUUCCUCAAGAUGACCAUCCCUUCUUUAUCUCCCAAUACCUGAAGAAGCUAGAGCUUGAAAAUUUCAACGAAAUGGUGCCCAGAUUCCUUGACUUCUCCUGCUGCCCAUUUUUGGAAGACCUUGAGAUUGUUUACUGUGCCCUAGCGCGUCCUAAACUCAUCUCGUCACAAUCCCUCAAGCGUCUAACCAUCAAGCGUGGUUAUUUUUCUUAUGAAUGGCGCUUGCCUAUCCGUGCCCCGAAUCUUGUUUCACUAUGGCUUGAAGUCAGUGAUGGCAGGACUCCAUCGCUUCAGAGGAUGCCAUCCUUACUAACAGCAGUUGUCAAAAUCCACGGUUAUGAUCUCAAUACCGUUGACUCUGAUUAUGACAACAACCAAAGUAUUCUCUUGCAAGGUUUAUCGGAAGUUCAGAACUUGGUGCUAAUAUCUCCGGACACCGAAAUGUUUAUUUUCAGAAGGGACUUAAAAUUUUGCUCUAGUUUCAACAAAUUGAAGUCUUUGCUACUUGAUGAAUACUGGUGCGAGCCUGCUGAUUUCAGUGCCCUAGCUUGCCUCCUCAAACUUUCACCAGUGUUAGAAAAGCUCACUCUUCAACUAUAUUCAAAGGGACCUAAACAUAAAGUGGAGAUUAAACUGAGCUGUAAACCAUUGGAGAUGUCAGCGGCAAUAUCACAACACUUCAAGACGCUUGAAAUCAAAUGUGAAGUAUAUGACGAUAGAGUUCACAAUGUUUUGAUGUUUCUUAGCAAACAACUUAACAUAUUGCCUGAUGGCAUCCUCGAUCGAACGACCGGCAGGAUGCUUCCGCGGAAAGCGCCCAAAAUUGCGUCAGCCGCCGCCGCAGCUCCGGUCGAAGGCCGCGACCACAUGAGCAACCUCCCGGACGGCGUGCUGCAGCACAUACUUUCCUUCUUGCCGGCGCAGGACGUCGUGCGGACAUGUGUGCUCGCCAAGCGCUGGCGCCACUUGUGGGAGUCCACCACCGUCCUGCGUUUCGUGUGCGGCGGAUUGAAGGAACCAGGGUUCGUGGACGAGAUUCAGGAGUUCGUGGACCAUCUGCUGCGCCUCCGCAUCCACGGAGGCACACCGCUCGACACGUGCGAGUUCCGUCUCGACGAGUACUGUCGCGCCGCCGCCAUGGCUCGCAUUAACCUUUGGAUCCAUAUAGCUCUCCAGUGCAAAGUCCGGGUGCUCCGGCUUAACUAUUCGGGCCAAUUUCCUUCUCUCGAUGGCCAUCCUUUCUUCAUCUCCCAAUACCUGAAGAAGCUAGAGCUUGAAGGACUUGACACAUUGCCCAACAGAUUGCUUGACUUCUCAUGCUGCCCGAAUUUGGAAGACCUUGAGGUUGAUGACUGCAACCUAGGGGAUCUCUUACUCAUCUCGUCACAAUCCCUAAAGCAUCUAACCAUCCAGUGUUGCUAA